AUGAGUCGGAUUCUUCAACCACAACCUUCAGCGUGGUUAGUUUUCCUGAUCAUAGUGCACACUGGAAGUGGAGUGUCAGCAAACAUUCCUCCAUCGCCUACUGUGCUCGAUCAGCGUUUAGCUGCGGUUCGGGAUCUUCUAGUACAUCUGGACCGCUCGCGGCAGCUGCUAGUGCUGACCUGCUGGUCACCUGCCGUUCGUUAUGCCCUGUGGCAAACUGUUCGCGAAGCUACCGGUGCCGCCCGUUUUGUUCGAUUUGCCGCAGUGGACGAACAUCAGCUUCCCUGGCACGAUCGAGACCAGCAUCAAAUCGUGACUGUGGUUGAUCUAUCCUGUCCCGGGACUGAUUCGCUGCUCGAAUCGGCAACUCAACUGCUGUACUACCGUGUGCGUUGGAUUGUCCUGCAAAGCGCGCUUGAAGCGGGAACCGCCAAAGGUUGGAAGAACUGUACCGAAUACCCGUUGCUCGAACGACUUCCGCUGCUGAUAAGCAAUGAGCUGUUUUACUACUGCACUGACCCCAGUACGGGACGCCACCUGGUGCGGCAACUGUAUCGACUGUCCGCGGGAACCUCCUCUCCUCCGGGACCGGUGUACGAGGAGUUUGGUGUUUGGGAGUCGCAGUCGGGAAUUCGCGUGGCGCCCCCCACCGUACGGCCGCCGGUAACAUCGGUUAGGAGGCAAAACUUUCAACAGUUCCAGCUCCGUGCCUCGCUCGUUGUUCUGCACAACGAAACGCUCAACCAUCUGGACGAUCUUCACGAUAAGCACAUCGAUACGAUCUCCCGUGUGAAUUAUCAGCUCACGAAAUCGGUCGCACACGCGCUGAAUGCAACGGUCCGAUUUAGCAUCGUGGACAGCUGGGGCUAUCGGGACCCGCACACCGAUCGCUUCAACGGUAUGGUCGGCGAGCUGCAGAGCGAUCUUGCCGAUCUGGGCGGAACGUCCAUGUUUUUCACCCAGGAUCGCAUCAAGACGGUCGAUUUCCUGUCGAUGACCACAUCGACGCGCGCCAGCUUCGUGUUUCGCGCACCCAAGCUGUCCUUUACCGAUAACGUGUUUGUGCUGCCGUUCGACCAGUACGUCUGGUACUGUACGGUCAGCUUCAUUCUGCUGUCCGGGCUGCUCUUGCUGGUGGUGUUGCGUACCGAGCGUCGGUACAAGGUGAGCGCCGGUGGAGACAACAGCACCAGCACCGCAACCGGACUGUCCGAUACGCUGCUGAACGUGUUCGGUACGACCUGCCAGCAGGGAUCGUUUAUUGAACCGAAGACGGCACCGUCGCGAUGCCUCAUACUGCUCUGCCUGGUGGUGCUGAUGUUCCUGUACGCCAGCUAUUCGGCCAACAUUGUCGCGCUGAUUCAGUCGCCCUCGACGAAGAUACAAACGCUGGAGGACUUGCUGGCGUCUAGGUUGAAAACGGGCGCGGAAGAUACGGUUUACAAUCGGUAUUACUUUCGGCACGAAACGGAACCGAUCCGGAAGGCGCUGUACGAGCGGAAGAUGCGGAACAAGGAUGGGACGGAAAAUUUUCUUCCCCUAGCACAGGGCGUCGAGCUCGUGCGGCAGGGCCACUACGCGUUCCACGUCGAGAAAGGUGUCGGCUACAAGCUGAUCAGCGAAACGUUUCAGGAGGAGGAAAAGUGUGGCCUACAGGAGGUGGAAUAUCUGAAGGUCAUCGAACCGUACUAUGCGGUGCAGAAGAACAGCUCGUUCCGCGAGCCGGUACGUAUCAAUCUGUUUAAGCUGCGCGAGUUUGGUGUACAGGGCCGGGAAAAUACGCUCCUGUACACGAAGAAGCCACGCUGCGUCGGUGGCAGUAGCUUCAUUCCCGUGUCGAUCGUUGAUGUGUGGCCCGCUCUGGUAACGCUUGGCUGGGGCUACUUUCUCACCAUAACGAUGCUGCUCGGUGAACAGCUUUGGGUGCGUGUGCGCGUUCGGAUACUGCCGGCCGAAGGGUACUUUCAGCAGUAGAAGCAAUAGGGCGCUCAUUUUAAUCCUACUUAAUGUAUAUUAUUGUAUGUGAUUCCAUGUAAAUAACAGCCUGCCUGAUCUCGCCUUCUCGCCUUUGUGGCGACGUUCUGCCGGGCCUGUUCAGUUCAAUUGCGCUAAAGGCACUCAGACCGCCCACCCAAUAUCGUUCGUUCGUUAUACGUACACUACAUCGGUCGUAAAA